CUCAGCAACGCCCUCAAGGAAAUGCUUCCUCUAGGGGCUGGUCUUAAGGGAUUGUUGCUUCCAAAGGAAUGCCUGAAGAGAAGACGAGGGUAAGGCAGGGGUACGGAGAGAACGAAGAGAAAGAGCACUGAGUGUGGGGUGACCAGCCACACCUGGGAUAAGGAACGUCAGAUGGGCAAGACAAAGAAUUCCACUCUUCUUCUUAAAGGAGCUUGCAUGCAUGCCCCACUACCCCCGGAAGCUGCCAAUUACUAGAUGUCAGAAGACAGAACAUAUCAGCCCAAUUCCUACCCCAAGACUCUCCUUGAGUCCCAGAGAAACACACGUGUUCAUUUCCCAAGACAUUGACUACCAUGGAGCCCACGAAUCAUAACACACCUCAGGAUGGAUCCGCAUCAGCAGGUGGUCAGAGGACCGUCCGCAAAGAUGACCUUUUGUUACUCGAAGCUGUUAACAAGGGAGAUGUUGUCAGGGUCCAGCAAUUGUUAGACCAAGGGGCUGAUGUCAAUGUCUGUGACAAGUCUUGGGGCUGGACACCUUUGCACAACGCAGUGCAGAUCGGCAGUGUAGACAUUGUGAAUCUCCUGCUUCGUCAUGGUGCUGAUCCUCAUCGGAGGAAGAAGAAUGGGGCCACCCCCUUCAUCAUUGCUGGAAUCCAUGGAGAUGUGCGCCUGCUCCAGAUUCUCCUCUCUCGAGGUGCGGAUGUCAAUGAGUGUGACGAGAAUGGAUUCACGGCUUUCAUGGAAGCUGCUGAGCGUGGUAAUGUUGAAGCCUUAAGAUUCCUUUUUGCUAACGGAGCCAAUGUGAAUUUGAGACGGGAGACAACGGAGGACAAGAGGCGAAUGAAGAAAGGAGGCGCCACAGCUCUCAUGAGCGCUGCGGAGAAGGGGCACCUGGAAGUCCUGAGAAUUCUCCUCAGAGACAUGAAGGCGGAAGCCGAUGCUCGGGACAACAUGGGCAGAAAUGCCUUGAUCCAUGCUCUGCUGAACUUCAACUGUGAAAAUGUAAGUAAACAUGUGGAGGAAAUUACUUCAGUUCUGAUUGAACAUGGGGCUGAUGUUAACGUGAGAGGCGAUGGAGGGAAGACACCCCUGAUCUCAGCCGUGGAGAGGAAGCACACGGGUUUGGUGCAGAUGCUCCUGCGUCAGGAGGGCAUAAACAUCGAUGACAGAGAUAGCACGGGCAAGACAGCUCUGCUAAUUGCUGUUGAAGAACAACUGAAGGAGAUAGCCCAGUUACUUCUUGAAAAGGGAGCUGAUACCAAGUGUGGCGAUCUUAUUGGGAUAGCCAGGAAGAAUUACGACCAUUGCCUUCUAAAGCUUCUUUAUGAAGCUCAUCAUGACACCGACUCUCCUGCUGGAGACUGGUUACCUCACAGUUCACGUUGGGGGAAAGCCUUGAAAAAUCUUCACAAGAUGACUCGACCCAGGAUUGGCAAGCUCGAGAUCUUCAUUCAUAAAGACUAUAAAAUUGCUGACACUUCCGAAGGGGCCGUCUACCUAGGGAUCUAUGACAAUCAAGAGGUGGCUGUGAAGGUCUUCUGUGAGAAUAGCACACGUGGAUGUAAGGAAGUCUCUUGUCUACGGGACUGCCGUGACCACAGUAACUUAGUGGCUUUCUAUGGAAGCGAGAACUACAAGGGUUCCUUAUAUGUGUGUGUGUCCCUUUGUGAGUGGACAUUGGAAGAGUUCCUGAAAGCGCCCAGAGAGGAACCUGUGGAGAACGGGGAAGAUAAGUUUGCCCACAGCGUCCUAUUAUCUAUAUUUGAGGGUGUUCAAAAACUACACUUGCAUGGAUACUCCCAUGAGGACCUCCAACCACAGAACAUCUUAAUAGAUUCUGAGAAAGCUGUUCGGCUGGCAGAUUUUGAUCAGAGCAUCCAGUGGAUGGAACAGUCACCAAUAGUCAAGAGAGACUUGGAGGACCUUGGACGGCUGGUUCUCUAUGUGGUAAAGAAAGGCGAGAUCCCCUUUGAGACACUAAAGGCUCAUAGUAAUGAAGAGUUGCUUACAAUAUCUCCAGAUGAGGAAACUAAAGACCUCAUUCACUGCCUGUUUUCUCCUGGAGAAAAUGUGAAGAACUGUCUGAAGGACCUGCUUGGCCACCCUUUCUUUUGGACUUGGGAGAACCGCUAUAGAACACUUCGGAAUGUGGGAAAUGAAUCUGACAUCAAGGUACGAAAGAGUAAAAGUAAGCUUCUCACACUACUACAGCCUCAGACACUUGAACCUUCCAGAAGCUUUGAUCAGUGGACAUCUAAGAUCGACGAAGAUGUUAUGUGUCAAAUGAAUUGUUUCUAUGAAACCAGCCAAAACUAUUAUCAGGAUACUGUAGGUGAUCUACUGAAGUUCAUUCGAAAUAUAGGAGAACACAUCAAUGAGAAAAAAAAUAGGAAAAUGAAGAAGAUUCUUGGAGACCCUUCUUGUUAUUUUCAGAAGACAUUUCCAGAUCUUGUAAUCUAUAUCUACAAGAAACUAAAGGAAACAGAGUACAGAAAACACUUUCCUCAGGCUCCACCCCGCCUCAGCGUGCCAGAGGCACCGGGACCAGGGGGAGCACAGAGCUGACUCCUGCAAGUUCAUGGGACCGUUUUUCCAAUCAGUAUAGUUCUUGGCAAGUUGCACAUUUCUGGUCUCUUAAGCAGCCUGGUUGCUUGUGAGCGAUGAGUUAGAUAAUCAGUCUCUGGUACAGUAAGUUCUACACAUUUGCAGGAUCACAAAAGCAGUAUACUUCAAAACUAUACUACUCCGUUUUAGUGGAUGAAAUUGGGAGAGCCUUCUGUUAAGAUUUUGUUAAAAAGAAAUUAUCGUGUGUGUGUGUGUGUGUGUGUGUGUGUGUGUAUGUGUGUUUGUGAGAGAGGCAGAGAGAGAGAGACAGAGAGACAGAAACAGAGAUAGAUGGGGGGGACACAACAGUAAAGUUGGCUUUCUCUUUCUACCUUUACAUGGGUUCCAGGGAACAAGUUCAUGUUGUGAGGCUUAUGUGCGAGCAUCUCUGCCCACUGAGUCAUGCCCACUUGCAUGAUUCCCAUUUUUAAUUGCCCCCAAAGAGAUGAGUGUCAAGACUCCUGUGGCUGUAUGUUUUAUAUGUAUCUCAUUUAAUCCUUCCAAUGAGCUUACAGAACAGAAUUUAUUGUCUCCAUUAAAGAACUGAGGCUCAGAGAAUCUGAGUGACUUGCCCAGGAUCUCACAAUCUGUGCAAAGCACUGUUAAAAAAAAAAAAAAAGAUACAAUGGUAUUGUUGCCUCUCACAUGGGUGCUUCAUCUAGCAUCUCUUCUGGAUGAAAUUCCAGAAUAGGCUUACAUAUGCCAAAAGGGCUCCAGAGAAGCUUCAGUAUUUGCUAGGCACUAUAUAAGCCUAGGUACUAGCUAAUGAAUUCCGUUCCUUCUGGAAGCAUCUGUACUGGUGUCUCAUGACCUGAAGGUAAUAGUUCUCACUUGAAGCUGGGGGAGAGGCAUUGAGUAAGGAGGAACCAGCGAUGCCAGCACACAUUCUGGGGAUGUAUGAAGCAGAUACCCACAAUGCCGCACUAGGCAGACGACACAUCAGUGGUGCUGAGGUGGAGAAAGACUGUCUGAAAAGAUUGGAACACUUCUGAACUGGCCCUGGACCCAGGACUGUGGAAUGCAUUGAACACCCUCAGAAGAAUGACGUGGGUGCAUUUUCUUGAUGCUGGAUCUAAAAUGAAGCAGCUUCUUCUGGUGUCCACUCAGGAGCCCUCAUCUUCCCUCACUUCCCGUGCUCCACGGUGCAAUGCUGUAUUUGGGGUUCUCUCUCUAGCUCUCUGACACACUGUCACCUCAGUGCGUGCUUCAUUCUACUUUGUCCUUUUGUGCUCCAGCCCUCCUCCGAUCAAAGCCCUAUCCUUAGGGCCUUAGGAUCUUUACUACUUAGUAAAAAUGUUUGCUCUGUGGUAAUGCUUGAUGAAUCUUCACUAAAUAACCAAUGGACCAUUUUCGUACAUGGAUGAUGAUGAUGAUGAUGAUAAUGAUAAAUUGUACGGUACUUUAGAAUUUACACAUUUAUAUCUAUAUAUUUUUUUAAUUUAAUUUUGCUUUGAAAACAGAAUGCCCAUGUGUGAAUAAUACUCAAUAAAAAUUUGAAUUGUUUCAUUAA